CAAAGAUACUAAACCAAAGAUUUGUUGCGCUUAGCGUGACUAAAAAAAUUUAUCGACCCUUAUGUAGCGAGUCUUUAAAAGCCUUUAACUAGUCUAUUAAGCUUUUAUAACCAACACUUCUCAACGUCCAAGCAAAAUGUGUAUCCGAGUCACUUUAAUCGUUCUGGCAAUCUUUUUGUUCGUAAAAAAAACUCCACAUAAUACUGAAAAAUGUAGUCCUUUGAAUUGUAUAAAUGACGGUUAACUAUAUUAUGACAAUAUACGACCUACACUUUUACAAGAAUGUAAUCUUCAAAGCAACAGAAAAGCUAAAUUAAACAAAGCACAUCCCCUAAUAUUGUAGUUAAAUGUAUAGAUAAUAUUCUGAUCUCUAAUUUCUGAUAUUGUAGUUAAUUGUAAAGGCAAUAGUCUGAUUAAGAAAUUUAAAAAGUCCUCGCAUUGCUUACCUUAAAAAAUAAAAUCUAACUUUGUAUUGCCUCAUUACCAAGGCAUUUGCAACAAG